CAGUCUAAGGAACUAUAAUGGAGAAUUCCUUCCAGUACUAGAAAAGGUUGUCCCAUCUUUCAAGACACUGUGAGUUCCUUCUCUGGUUGACCAUGGAAUCAGACAAUGCAGUGAAUGAGAGCCUGCGGCUCCAGUUCCAAGCUCUUCAAGAGCAGCAGCAGAAGAGGCUGCAGAAACUAAUGGAAAGAAAGAAAGAAAAGCAGCAAGAGCAGCUUGAUCACAGUAGUGACGGCAAGAGAAGAGUGGCAUUUGGUGUUGAUGAUGAGCUUAAACUGUUUGAUCUCAGUGGAGGAACAGUAGGACCCUCUGAUGAGAUUGCGAAGAGACUGUUGGAAGAUGAAAAUGAACAGUUGCAAGAUCAAAUUCGGGAACUGCAGGAUGAAAAUGGUAGACUUUAUAGAUUACUUAAGGAAAAAGAUUUUGAAAUCAAACAUCUUAAAAAACAAAGGGAUGAAGAGAGGAUUGCUCUAACAGGUACAACUGGCAUGGCUGGAGAUGUUGCAGCCACUAAAAUAAUAGAGCUGUCAAAGAAGAACCGUGAGCUGACAGCUGAAAUGGAAAGCGAAAAAGCCAAAGUGAAGCAACUGAGUAACAGAGUUAAACAACUGGAAAAAGAAGCAACAUUAUUGAGCAACCAGUCUGCAGUAAGUAAAGAUUUAGUGACAAAGCAGUUUACACCAAGGGUGAUAGAAGGAAACCAGUUAGAUAACCCAGAGAUAAAGGUCCUACAGGACAAACUGAAUUCAGCUAAUGCCAAGCUAACAGAGUAUCGUAACCAGAUCCAGACCAUGAAACAGGAGCUAAAGAUGGCACAUAAGGUUCUUGUAUCUGAAGUUGGUGAAGAUGUGAAUAUUCAGCAACUUUUGAAUUCUCCAGGAAACUGGCGUGGUCGAGCUCAGCAAAUUCUUGCUCAACAAAUCAAGAUACGUGAGUUAGAGAACCAGUUGGGCCUAACUGUUUCCAGAAAUCAGUCAUAUGAAAGAAGUAUUGAAGAAGAAAUGUUAGGUUUGGCUGUGCCAAGAAAGUCACCUGCUCAGGACAAAAACAUGGCCAGGAUUCGUACAAUGGAGAAGGAAAGGAAGGAAGCCUUGGAGAAGCUCACAGCUGAAUUUGAGACACUUCAGAAAGAUCAAGAUGAUCUGAAGAAAAAGUUGGAGGGCUCCAAGGCCAGAAACAAAUCUUUAUCCAGUGAAGUGAAAACUCUGAAGAGUCAGAUUUCAACACUGCUUGAAAAGGGAAAGCAUGACGAUGAGCUCAUAGAUACGUUACUGAAACAACAUAAGCAGCUACAAGACGUGCUAGCUCGCUUCAGUCAACAGGGGCAGAAGAGCAAGGAGAGCCAGCAGUUCUUGGAGCAGCAGUUAAACAGUGAAACACAGAAGCAGGGAUCACUUGUUGCACGGCUCAAGCAGAUGGUCGCUGAACGGGAGUCCAAAGUGAAGGAGCUAGAAGAAGAGAUCAAGCAACUAACAAUAAAGCAUCAUAAAACCAAGCAGACAGACCAAUAUUCAAAUGCUGAAGACAUCACAGAGAAAUCUAAUGUACCAAAAUUGGUAAAUGCUUCAAAUACAGAUGUUAAACUUCCUGUUUCAGAAGGAGACCAACAAGGGAGAACAGGUUCUGCAAGGACAGUUUUUAAGCUGGGUCACACCCUUGUGGAGUCUGCACGUAACAUACCUACUUCACAAAAUAAUUCUGCUGCACCUGGGAGCUUUCCUGAUGUACAAAGUCUGCUGUCACAGUGCACUGAGCACAAGGCUCUCCUCCAGGCAGCUGAGGUGGAAAGAGACAAGCUGAUGGAGCUGGUCACUGUCUUGCAACAAAGGGUGGAUGAAGCCACUGCAAAAGCUCUAGAAGCUGAAAGAAAACUUCAGGAAGAAAGACGCAGAAAUGUGGUUCUGGAACAGCAAAUCGAGAAAUCAAAAUUAGAUUUUGGGAAAACUCUACCUGUAAACAGGCCUGUUGGCAAAAACAAAUCAGGUCAGACACUCAACAGUUCUAGGCAUAACCUAAAUCUCACAGAAAACAGAACUUCAUCUCCAGUAGAGGUAGAAGAACUAAAUACAAGGCUUGCCAUCCAGCUAGAUGAGAAUGAGGCACUGAAAUCUGCUUUAAAGAGUGCGCUGAAAUCUAAAGAAGAAGAUCUUAGACUUUAUCAUGAGAUGAUGGAGCAAGUGAAAAGGGUUUUCUUGCAGGCUGUAAAGCAACAGAAAGAAGAAAGAAAACAGAGCUACCUCAGCUGAAUAACUUUCAUUAGUCAUUAAAGAAGGCAGAAGGACACAUUUUCAACAAAUCAACUGCAAAAGGAAAAUCAGGGUGGUUUAUCUGGCGUUAUCUUCCUGACCAAGUUCCCUGAUAAGUUUUCUUUCAUUAGUUAUUAAAAAUGACAGUAAGACAUGAGCCCAACAAAUCUGCUGCAAAAGGAAAAUUAGCCUGCUUUAUUUGGCAUUAUUUUUCUGAUGCAGAUGUCUAGUGAGUUAUAAUAAAUUGACCAAAAUAUGUUCCCUGAAACAAUGAACAUAUAACAUUAUUUGAUAGUUUCUUUGAAAAUCAAAAUAGACUUGUGACACUUAAAAGUAAUCCUGUCAGCUGCUUGGUGCAUCUUCUUAGGCAUUUUGCACAAAGGCACAUAUUUUACAAAACUUGUAUUGUCCUGUUUUUUUUUUUGGAGGUGGAUACAGUUUCAUUUGUUAUUGAUUGUUGCUUUAUUUAUUUUUUAGCACUCUUUGUUGUUUAAAAUGUGAAAGCUUAUGAUACUUGGCCAUCUGAACUGAUUUCCUUGAACACGUCCUUUUACAUUUUGAAUAAUAAUUACGUGUUAAGUAUAGAAUAAAUGUAAAAAAAUAAAAAAGUAAUAGCAUUAAUGCUAGUUACACACUAUAGCCAAAGAGUCUGACAUGUCCAUUGUUUACAAUAACUAGGACAAUUUCCACUGAGGUUACUUUUACUUGUGCUUCUGUGUCUUUAUGCAUCACACACUACCUGGCAGUCAAGUUCUGCACUGGGUUCAUUCCAUAUAGAACAAACCAAAAUGCUUUUUUUAUGGUCUAAUAUAAUUUUUCAAAAGCAGUCAUGCUGUAAAUAUUCUAGACAAAACUGUACUGGUAUGUUUUUUAUAACUGUACACAUUUCAGAUGUAUGCACAUUUAAGUUCUUAUUCUUAAAAUGUAAUCUCUUAUUUUAUUAACAGACAAAUAGAAAUAUAUUGCUAACAGUUGCUAAAUUUCAAAGACAGAUGCUGUAAUGCUCCACUCUAUCAGUUCCACAUGGACAACACAAAAUAUAAAGUUAUUAAGCCAGGAUAAACACUAUCAUUUUAUUAUUGUGAUGCUAAAGUGAUAAGCAUUUCUUGUUGUCUCAUUCUUUCUUUAUCAGUUAUGUGACCUAAUGGUCUGUUGAUAUCAUAGCUGUUUUUAGCAAGUCAUCUCACAGAAACAUAAAAAGAUACUAGGCUAACAGUCCAGGGGCCUUUUUAAGCCGAGCCAAGCAGAAUUCCCAAGUGUUUCUUCUUCCUUUCUAUAGACAGGAAAUAGUCAAGUUACAGUUUUUCUUCCUCCACUGUCCUUUGUGGUACUAUCCUAACACCUCAGUACCUGUCCACACCAGAUCUACCAGCUGACUUAUUUGCCACCCCCCAUUUAGUCCGGUAUGCUAGGACUGGUAUUGGAACUAGGCAUCCAGGGGUGCAGUAUGUCUGAACAUCUAUCCAGUGGGAAUGGUCUUCAUGCUUUAUGACCUAUUUGUUUCCUCCCCUCCCUUCCCUUUUACAGACCCAGAGAUAUGCCUGGGGAGCAAGUGUGCACAUCUGCAGCAUCUCAGCAAUGUCUCCACCCUUAACCCCUCAUUAGAUACACCUACCAUGUGUCUUCACAAGUCUCCACCAAGGAUCAUCACAGUAAACGCCUAUGGGACCACCCAUCCAUCCUAGGAUGGUAAUGUCCAUGCCUCACUAUCACUUUGUCACUCACCCAAACCACUAAUAAAACCUGGGUUGUAGUUAGGGUUUUAUAAUGCUACACCAUCACAGUGGCUUACAUCAAGUUACAGUUUCGUAGAACAUCAGUAUCCUCUGUCCAACAGAGACAUAGAUGUCAGCUCUGGGACACAUUUGCAUUUUCACAUCAAUCUGUCCAGAUUGUGUUUGAAGUGGGUCAGGGAGGUGCUUUGUUUUACAUGGAGGAGAAGCUUAUUCCAGAGCAGUGGAAGCCUCUGUGACAUGUAUCUGUCUCUCCAGCAUGUCCUGUUUAGAUUGUUAUAAAGGUUAAAAUCCUCAGAGUGAGUGUUACUGAUACUACUGUUUUUGCAGAUAUGGAGCAGGUUCUUCACUAUAGGGUUUGAUGAGGCCUUGAAGGUUAGGCAGAGGCCAUACCUUAACAGUCUGUAGGAGACAGACAGUAGGGAAACUGAUCUAAAGUGGUCCCCAUAAUUCAUGUCUUGGACACCCUGGAUUCCUUUCAUAAGAAAUUUCUGUGGGCAUUCAAGUAGAAGGAUGUGGCUUUGCAGGUACAUACCAGAGGAAGCAUUAUACUCUAUAUGACUGGUCUAAUAUGGGCAGAGUUCAGAGGGACAAUAGCCUCCCUGGACCUGGAUGCAAUUCCCUUACCUAUAAGCUGUGCUGUAUAAAAUGACUUCCUGUGGUGGACACGUUAGUCAAAGGCCAGAUCACUAUCCACAUAAGUCCUCAGAUUCUUAACUACCAUUUCUACCUUAAGAGGCAUGUUGCCAAUGUUAUAGUUUGUGGGUCAUGAUGAUCUACUGAAGGAGAUGACUAUGCACAUUUUUUGUGCUCAGUUUGAGCUCAUGGUUCUUACACAAAUUGUUCAUUUGUGUGAGGCCUUCCACAUGAUAUUUGUGUAUUUGGGAGACUCUAUGACUGCCUUGAGCUUGCAAUCAUCUGCAAACUUGAUCAGCCACAGUAUGUUUAUAUUGCCUAGACAUCUAAGAAGUAAAUAACAAGCAGGAGCAGUCUCAGUACUGAUCCCUGGGCACUUCAUUCGUGAAUGGGUUUUUAAUGGUGGUGGAGUCACUUAUUUUUAACACUUGCAUCCACUGUGAAAGCCACUUGGCUACCCAGUGGGUGACAUGUGGGUUUAUUUACAUUUUUUGUAAUGUUUCGACUACACCUGAGUGGGAAAUAAUGUCAGAUGCCUUGGCCAAGUCCAAAUAGGCCAUAUGAACUGAUUUGCUCUCAUACUUGGCCUUUGUGACCUUCCUAAAGAAGAUCACCAACUUCAGCAGACAUGAUCCUGACCUCCAGCUGACAAAUCCAAACUGACCAGGAUCCAUCAUUUGUUGAUCUAUUAUGUCUUUGCAUAUAACAUCCAUGACAAUUCCUUCCUUGGCUUUAUUGAUUAGACUGGUCAGACUCAUGGGUCAAUAGUUUCCUAGGUCAGUAGAGGGGCCACCCUUGUGCAGUGGAAUGAUAGUUUUCACUUUCUAGUCCACAGGCACAAACCCGGUUACAAGGCUGAGAUUAUAUAGCUUCAUUAGGGGGACAGACAAGUUCUGUUUCAAGCCAUUUAGAUACCUUGGUAUGUUAUCAUGACCUAUAGAUGCUGUGUUCUUUGCCUUGGACAGCACCUUUAGUACCUGAUCUCCGGUGGUAAAAGAGAGUGGCAUGAAUUUUGGUAUAUCCAUAGUGGAGACCAGGGGGAAUAAUCGACUGAUGUUUGCACUGAACUUAUCUUCCAGUAGUUUUGCAAUAUCCACUGGUGCAGUAAACAUGGUGCUAUUUACCACCAGUU